AUGGGUCACCAUCCCGAGCCGCCAGUGAUGAUUUCGGACAAGCUGCCGGAAUCGUUGCGUAAGAAGAUGCUGACGUUCCAGGCGAAGAACGAGCUGCCCGUCUUCCUGAAGGGUGGUCCGGCCGAUAAGGCCCUGUUCGGCAUCACGGUCGCGCUGUGCGGUGUCGGCCUGCUCGGCAUCGUCAAGCUGGUGUACGAUCUCGGAUUCGCCAAGAAGAAGGCAUAAGCAAAAGCAAAAAAAAAACGAAGCAGGCUGCGGAGGUCGAGCGGCGUGUGUAGUGGUGUGUUUGGAGCAGAGAUGGAAAAACCGGGCGUAACAUAAAAUUUGCGUUUUUAUUCCCUUCAAAACCCAAAAAAAAAUGUUCAAUGUAACCACCGUAGAAAGAUCCACGGAAAGAAAAUGGCGCCUCGGCACUCUUUUUACGUUA